AUGUAUUGCCGGAUCGCCUGUCCCUUAUCAUGUCCACUUUUCAUGCUGCUGGGGAAGCUGGUGAUGCUCAUUUCGUCAGAACUUCUGGUGUUGGUUGCUGUAGACAUGCCGCCCUUUGACCAUCUGCGCACGACCGCCGACUGCGACCGAGAGCUGGUCUCCUUCCCACCGCUUUCAUCGGAUGAACUGGACAUAUUGCAAUGGGUAGAAGAUCAGCUCCUGGCCAUCGACGAGGGGUUGGUGACAGACCUCAGCCAGCAGGAGCAGCAUCUGCCCACGCGGGCCUCGAAAUCAGCCAAAGAGGCCCACACAGCCAAGAUCAAGUCCAUUAGGCGCAACUCACGAUCCAGGAGCGUAAACUUCAGCUCGUCUCCGGUGUGCCGCUUCAAGGCUGGCACCCCCUCCCAAAUGUGGGCGAGGAGGACACAGCGCUCGCUGGGCCAAGCCACCACCGGAAGCCUGUUGGCAGCCGACCUGACCGCUGCCCCUGGCUUGCUGGGACCCUUCAGCGAUAUGCUCGGCCUCGCAGCAGACCGGGAGGACGUCCUGGACGCCGUGCCGGAGUGGGGAUCAAUGUUCAAGGCAGCAGGAGGACAGCGCCUGGCGUCCGACCAGUCAGCUUUCAACAGUCAUGCAAACCGCGUCAUCAACCACAACAUUGCAGCCGCUCAGGCGGCUGCAAUGGAGUUCGACGGGACACAGGACCCUGAAGCACAGGUGCAGCUGGCUGUGCAGGUGGUGCAGCACUACAAGACAGCAUCCGAGGCGCAGCAGACCCAGAAGCAGCUCAACGACAUGUCACAGCUGCUGCCCUACAGGGAGGUCAUCCGCCUGGCAAAGGAUGGGGACCCGUGCAAGACCUCCCUCGUCGCCUGCCUCGCUUCUCUCUCCUCCGAGCAGCGAGCGUACCUGGGCGCGGUGCUUACAGGACAGACUCAGUCGGCCAACUGGUCUGGCUCCAUGCGGCCCUUCGCCGCCACGUUGGCCCCCGGGGGGGGCUUCCAAGAGAGCCCCGAGGACAUCACGUGCCUAAUCUGCAACCAGCAGGGCCACUGCUUUCGAACUGCCCACAACUCCAGGCCAUGCCCAGGGACCAGCAGCAGGCAGCGAUCAACAGGGCUUGGGCGCGCUUGCGGGCGGGCGCCCCUGACCCGGCCCACCCGAGCCACCCGGUCCCGCGUUGUCCAACGCGGGGAGCUUACCUGUGUCCUCCUCGCCCACAUUUGGGAGGGGGUGCCAGCCUUGAAGCGGCACGCCGGAGACGAGCUGAAGUUUACGCUCCUGGAUCGCGAGCCGAGCGGCAUCGCGAGUCUUCAGGUCCGGGACGGUCGGGUUGGCUCGAAGGAGCCUCGAACGCUGAGCCUCAUACUUGCGCCUAAUGGACUCGAUCUUGGCUGUGUGGGCCUCUUUGGCUGA